GCCAUUUUGUGUACAAUCUCACAGCCCAAAAAGUAAUCUGAUCAAAACAAAAGUGUUCCUGCCUGGAGUCUGGAGGGUCUGUCGAUAGUUGAUUUUGUAUAAUCUAGUAGAUUCCACUAAACGAGUGUAUAAUAUAUUUUUGUAUCAGCUGGUAAUAAAACUAAAUGUCAAAUACACAAUGGAGGAAAACAAAGAAGACAAUUUAAUCGGUAAUGAAAAUGUAUUGAUUGAAUCUAAUGAAGGAUGUUCAAGUAUGGUAUCAAAUGCUAUAAAUAAAAAUGAUUCUGAACAGAAUAAUGACCAAUUGAAAGAUGAAAAUCAUAUUGCUAAUUCACCUACUGGUCAAGUUUUGGCAACUUCUAAUGAAGAUACAACUAACAGACAACAAAAAGAGUUGAGUAAUGUAAAUAUUGAUAACCAACCAAUUGGUCCACCGAAUAUGAAAGAAGUUAGUACAGGAGAUGCCAAUGAUAAUAAUGCCAAUAAAGAAACACUAAAAGAUGAAAUAGAAUUUUUACUUAGUGAGAAAAGUGCACUACAAACUGAAAUUGAGAAAUUGAAACAAACUUACAGAUCUGAUCAAGCUGAGAAGUCCUUAGAAAUGAAUCAGUUUAAGACAACAGUGCUUGCACUGAAGAAGGAGAAGGAGAGCUUGGCUGCAGAUAUAACCAGCUUCCAGCAGGACAUGGGCGGUUGGCUGCACACUCUUCGGCAGAACACCCAACAUUCUAUCAAUGGUCUAGAUAGCUUAUACCAGAGGGAUAGUCAGGAGAAACGUGAAUUGCUGUCAGAGAUGACCAGUAUGAAUGAGGAAUUAAAUAGAAGAGGAGAAACCAUAUCCUCUCUAAAAGAAGUGGUAUCGAUGUACGAGAAGAAGGUGAUUGAACUAAACAAUCAGCAGGACUGUAGCUUGAACACUAUAAAACAGCUGAGAGAGGAGCUGACAGACCGAACACAGCACCUUCAUGAUCUCAGCAAUCAACAAGAGGCUAACAGCAACAUUAUCUGCCAGUUAAGGGAAGAGUUAUCAAAUACAUCGCAGCGUCUGCAGGAUUUGGACAACCAGCAAAAUGUGAGCAACAAUACUAUCAAGCAGUUGCGGGACGAACUGGCUGAUACUUCUCAACGACUGCAACAUGCAGAGGUGGAACUGGCUCGUACAAGAGAACACCAAGGUGAAGCAGACCACCUAAGCACUAGCACAGUCAGCAGAGUCGAGGAGUCUGGUAGGCUCAGGGAUGUAGAUGACAGUUUCGAAGAUAGAUAUUGUAAGCUAAAAGUAGUGGCGGCCAAACUAAAGAAGCGAGCGACAGAGACUCAGCAAAUGCUAGACAGUGAACGGCAGAAAUGGGCCACAGAGAGAAGUGAACUGGCAAACAAACUGAACCAACUGACAGCCUCAGCUCGGAACAAUCAGACUCUGCAGCAAGAGUGUGACAGAUUGGGUGAUGAACUUGAGACAGAGCGCAAAGAGUGCAAGAUGUUACGUAAGGCUGCUACCGAUGCCAAAACCAGCGAAGUCAAUCUCAAGGUCAAGUUAGAGGAAGCACAGACUAACAUUGAAAUUCUUAAAGUCAAUUUGGAUUCUGCUAUUAAAGAACGAGACAGUAUUAACCAGUCAUUGGCAAGUAAAGAAGCUGAAUUGGAAACUGUUAUUAAAGAGAAAAUAGCGGAGGAGUUGAUAAGAAAAGAAAAAGUGAAGGAAGUUACUGAACUUGAGGAGAGACUAAAAGAGGAAGAAGAGAAGCUGGCUGGAAUGAAAAAGGCGGUGGAGAGUGCAAAGACAGAGGCCAGGAAACAGAGUGUACUCUCAUUAGAGAUACAGAACUAUGAGAAAAGUUUAUCAGACAUGAGUGGGCAAUUGAACGCAGAGAGAGGGCGAGUGAGCAGUUUAGAAGCAGAGGUGCAGACUCUACAGGAUAUCCGGGACAGUCUGCAAGAGCAGAUCCGGUUGUUGGAGGAGAGAGUGGCCACUGAGGAGGUCCGCAGUCAGCAAGCUUAUGAUGAGGUAGUCCAGACCCGAGGCUGUCUGAUGCAGGCGGAGAGCCGAGUAGCUGAGUUGGAGGCCAGGGUGGGUCAGCUAACUGAGCGGCUAGAGAGUGAGCGAGCGAGCGCUGAGGCUGCUACUUUGGAGCUGGCAUCUCUAUCCUCUGCCGUCCAGACCAACACAGAUAUCAUGCUGCGGGAGAAACAGGAACUCUCACAGCAGGUAGCGAGUCUGAAUGGCCAAUUGGCGACUGUAAGCAGCACGUUAGAACAGACUGAGGAGGAGCUUGCAAGUGUGCGAGCAGACUUUGACAAGUAUAAAGUGCGGGCACAAAGUGUACUGCGUAAACAUCAGAGUGCGGGAAUGUCUCAGGCCGAAGCUGAUGCUAAGCAACAGGCUGAUGAUCUUCGUCAGCAGGCAGAUACAUUACGCAUCAAACUUAAUGAUUCUGUUGCACAUAUAGAGAAGCUAGAGAAUGAGCUUAAGGUAGCUAGUGGAGAGCGGGAAGUGGCAGAGACGAGAUGUGUCAACCUCAACAUUGCUCUGGCAGACAAGACGAAACAGUUGGAGCGAAUUGUUGCAGAACAUCGAUCCCAGAAGCUGAGUCUGGAGACUCUGGUCCAGUGCUACAAAAAUCAGUUGGAAGAAAAGGAUAAGGCGAGCCAAGAACAGGUAGUACGCUUUACUCAGGAGAUAGAGGGGCUAAGAAGACAGCUGAGAGAGCAACCAGAGCCAGUGGUGGUGGCAGCAGUGGCAUCAGCAGAGACAGAGGCUGUGACAGCUAGCAUCACCACCCGGACAGAGCCACCUCUGUUGGAGAGAGAGGAUGGAGAGGGUUCUGAAUACAUUCCGGAGUAUUCACCCAGCAACUCACCUGUACCAAGCACACCAAAACCACUGUUGCCCUUGGACAAACUGCUGGAGUCCAGUGACAACCCAAUUGAGUUCCCCGGGGAGAGAGAACAACUGGAGGGGGAGGUCAGUAAACUGCGGGCAGAGCUGGAGCGUAGCCACAAGAGAGCACAUCACCAAGCAGCACUACUGGCAGAGACUGAACAGGAUGCAGCCCGCAAAGAGCAACUCAUCGCUGUACUCAAGAAGGAGAUUGGUCGGUUAGAGAGAUGUAUCCAGCGGCAGCCUCACGCACAGAACACUGAGUACAUGAAAAAUAUUAUUUUCAAGUUUGUAACGCUGGAAACGGGUGAAGAUCGACUGCGGUUGGUACCAGUGAUAACUACUUUGUUACAACUCAGUCCAGAAGAGACCCAGAGACUUACGAUCAUUGCCAAAGGUCAAAGUCCAGAUUCAGCUGCUGGUUGGGGAAGCUAUUUCUCUUCAUGGAGAUAAGUUUCCUUGUUUGUAGCUGCUGUGCCUUACAGUAAGAGCUCCAAUAUAAUACAUUGUGAUAACUUAUUUACUUAGCUUGUAACGGAUCUGUAGUUCACCUGUACAGUCAUGUGUAUUGUUUCGCCAAUUAUUUUAUUGUUUAAAUCGAGUAAAUAAUAAAUUAUAAUUUAUUAAAAUCAAGUAUUGAGCUGUCUAAGUCAUUCAAAAUCAUUCUUAUCUGUUUUGAUGGUGUUAAAUAGAAAUAUGUAGUUGUAUUAAAUGAGAAAUAUGCGAAAGUUAUAUUUAAACUAGCCACUGUUUUAUUUCCUUAUUAUCCAUCUGUAAAUAAUAAUUACAAUAGAACUUUUAAUCUUAAAAUAUUAUAGUUUUUAGGGUUUUAACAAAUAAUGUAAAUGUUAUUAAAGCAAUACUUAUAUGUAGAGUG